CGCUUCCGGGCGGCGCUGAGGGCGCGGCGGUUCUGGAACGGGGAGCGGGGGGGACGGGCUGGGGCUCCGCCGCCGCGGAGCGUCUGCGAGCGGCGCCCGGACAGGCCAACGCUGGUAGAUGCCACAGAAAUUACAGCCCGUCUUCGUGGAGAAUCUCCUUAUGGUGCGGGGCCCCGAAAGAGGCAAAAUGUGGAAAAUGUGAAGUUUCCCCACUUAGUUUUSACUGUGCUUGUUGCAUCGUUUCAAUAAUCAAACUGCUGUAUUGGAGACACCUUAAUCUAGACACUUUGGAUUGCAGUUCCCUAGCACAGAGAGAAACUGGCUGACACCAUCACUUAAACUCUGAGUGCUUGACCAGAACUGUUACCAUGGGAAAUAGUGCACUAAAAGCCCACCUGGAGACAGCACAGAAAACUGGUGUGUUUCAGCUAACGGGAAAGGGAUUGACUGAGUUUCCUGAAGAUCUGCAGAAGCUAGCAAGCAACUUAAGGACGAUAGACUUGUCGAACAACAAAAUAGACCUCUUGCCACCUCUCAUUGGAAAAUUUUCCUUUUUGAAGAGCCUUGCUCUAAACAACAACAAAYUGACUGCUUUACCUGAGGAGCUGUGUAAACUGAAAAAACUGGAAACACUACACUUGAAUGGGAAUCACUUGAGGCAGCUACCGGCUGCAUUUGGACAACUUUCUGCUCUCAAAACCCUGAGCCUUUCUGGAAACCAGCUUCGGACKGUGCCUACACAACUCUCUGGUCUUCGCCAUUUGGAUGUGGUAGAUCUUUCAAAAAACCAGAUCCAAAAUGUGCCCGACUCUGUGGGAGAACUACAGGCUAUUGAACUCAAUUUGAAUCAGAAUCAGAUUUCCCAGAUCUCAGUGCAAAUCUCUCACUGUCCACGCCUCAAAGUCCUGCGUUUAGAAGAAAACUGUUUAGAACUCAGCAUGCUGCCUCAGAGUAUCCUCAGUGAUUCCCAGAUCUCACUGCUUGCAGUUGAAGGCAACCUCUUUGAAAUCAAGAAACUCAGAGAACUGGAAGGUUAUGACAAGUACAUGGAACGAUUUACAGCUACAAAGAAGAAGUUUGCAUGAUCACUAUUCUGAUCCUGUAUAUUACCAGAAAUAUAAGAAGACUUAGACUAGAAGCACCUGCUUCACUGACUUGAACCAAGACUGAUGAAGGAAAUGAUCAGAGUACWCCUCUUCUAGUAGUCUGAAACAGCCUGUUAAGGCCACAUUGAAUAAACUUGAACUAGAGAAUAUAGGUAUUGAACUGAUGAACCUGCCCAGGGGCCAGUUUUGAUUUUUGUGCCACAAUAGCUUUUAACACAGUACAUGUUCUCCUUUGUCAGGGCUUGUUCUUUCACAGAGAAAGGGAACAAGCAUUUCAAAGUUGCCAGUUCCCUUUUGUCAGGAAGCUGGCUGUUGAUUUGUAAGAGGGUUAUUUCUUCUGGAAACAUUUUUCCAUGAUAGCACAUGGAAGUUCAACCACCAAAGCACUGUAUGUCUUGCAGUAAGCACUAUUCUGCAGAGAAGAAUUUUUACAGAUGAGGUUUUAGUUUAUAACCUGUAUAAGCUGGGUUUUUUUUG